GAUCCUCGUCCUACUUGUCAUCCCACUAUUUAUCAAAAGCUGACGAAAACAAAUGUGGACUGGUGUAGAUACUGUGGAACUACCGAAGGAGUGAAUUGGCGUCCGGGACCCUGGGGGAAACGUACUCUAUGCAACAAACAUGGAUGCGAUUAUAAAGGAUAUGGAUUUGCCUGUAAACUACCUAGAUUGGAUUUAACUGGAUAUGCGCACGAAAGUCUUCAUGAUCGUGAUCGACCAGUUCUUCAAUUUUAUUGUGCAAGUUGUCAUCGUAUGGAAUCUUGGGUGACGAAUAUUUUAGUACGUUGUGAAGGAUGUUACAAAUCAUAUCAUCAAAAGUGUUAUCAUGGACAGGAACAAGAAUUAUCGGAUCGAUUUGUUUCUAGUGAUCAACCUUGGUAUUGUGAUGCAACCUGUCGUGAAAAUGUGGCUCGGCGUAGAAUUGUUGUGGAAAUCUCUCGUAAACGACUACCUUUGAUG